AUGGCCAGGCCCACUGGACGAACUGUCAACUUUACGAAGACUGACACCAAACGAGGCUUCAAACUACUCGAAUUACCCCCUGAACUGACGGAGUUAGUUUCAUCAUCAUCAUCAUCAUCAUCAUCUUCUUCUUCUUCUUCUUCCGGGAAGCUCGCAUCUACUCUCUACCUAAAAUCCGCCCCGGCUUCCUCUUCUAAAGUCUCCUCAUCCAACAAUCCCUAUGUACACCUCUGCACAACCACCCAAACAUACAAGGUCCGCCAAGUCAAUUCCUCAAACUCAAUAUUCCUCAUCAGACCUUCCCACCGGUCCUCGUCUGCACAGCCAGGGAAGAGAGAAGACUGUAUCACAGCCAUCGCCAAAUGCAACGGCAUCCUCGAACUCGUGAAGAUAGAUGAUACUUCACAUUCCGCAUAUACAUCCCUGCAAAAAUCGCUGCGUGUGUAUAGUGGCACUCAUGCUGAAGGGGAUGGAUAUGUGAAUAUGAGCGCUGCGGGUGCGGGCUUAUCUUCUGCCGAUAGUGCAACAGUCACACAAAAGGAACGGGGACAAAUUAUCAGGAAAUUAUUCGCGGAUGUGCCCUUGUCGCCGGCGGAGUGCGAGCGGGGGUGGGUGGAGAUUUGCGGGUUUGUACAUCCCCGGCGGGAUCCUGAUGCAGCAGCGGAUAUGAAUGGUGAGGAUAGCGGCGGCAUUAAUCAUCGUCCCUUGGCGUGUUGGCGUCCCUCGGCUGUGGUGUGCAUUCAGAUGUGGAAAAGGAUUCUGGAUGGCGCGGUGUUGCAGGGGAUUGAAUUGGGGAAGCAGUUUAUGGCGUGGGAUUUGUGGAGGGCAGCGAGGGGUGAGGAUGAUGGGGAUAGAGAUGAUGAUGGUGGUGAUGGUGGGUUCCCGAAGGCAUUGUUUGAUGCACUGGUGAGGAGGUUGAUGGGGGAUCCGGCGUCGGUGGGUCUAGGGGAAAUUUAUGAGGAGCUCAAAUGGGCAAGCCUCGACAGAAAUAUUACUGUGGGUUGGGUUGGUGAAACCUAUCUCGAAGCUAACGCACCAGAUCCAACGUUGGCGAAUGGGCGCACGGAGUUCUUGGAGAAUUGGAAAGAUCUAUUACCGGAAACUUGGAGGACGGAUGCUACGUGGGAUAAUUUGAAGAAGGACUCUUAUCAAUAUCCUGACGCGACCAGCAUUUGUUUUAAACCAAGGGCAGAAAACAACACUGCCCGCCCAGGAAUGAAACGGCGGACGUGA